AUACAUUAAUUAUUGAUGAAUAGUAAUGGAAAUAAAACCUUGUUUUAAAGCCAUCAACACUAUAUAAUAUGCUAGCUGAAUAACACAUACACAUAUCUGCUCCACGAACUUCACAUUUCGGAUCUUAUAUAUCCUCUUUCAGUACCCUUAUUAAUUCUCCUACUAACUCCUCUCUAUUUCUCUUAUUACUCUUCAAUUAUACAGCUACACUAUACACUUUAUUAUAUAUCAUGUCCACGUGAAAACUUAUUACCAAAAUUCAUUCAUCAACUACUCAACUUCUUAUAUUUGAUAAUACAAAUUUAGAAUGAAUAAUAAGGUUUGCUUAACAUGGCCUAAUCACCCUUGGGAAGAUAUUGAUUUACUCAAAGAUGUUUUAAAGCACGCCGACCAACCAAACACCACCACCAACUGGCUGCCUGCUCCGCCGCCAGCGUUGGAUAAUACCGCCUCAACAGAUGAACCAAUAUUCGUUAACUCAUCGUCGUCGUCAUCAACGUCGUCAUCUGAUCAAAGUAAUAAUAAUAGUGAGCAAGUUCCGGUGUACCAAAAUCAAGUAUCUAAAGCUUAUUCCGGGCCUACACUUGUUGAUAUUGAGAAAGCUCUUUCUAUUACCACGGCUACUUCGCUUCGAAACAAUCUAUCACAUUCCAGUAUUGUGUUAGAGAAAGAGUUGAGCAAAACUGAGAAUAAAUAUACCUUAAAAAUCAAAAGCACUAGCUCUGGAAUGGCUGAUGAUGGUUACAAAUGGAGGAAAUAUGGGCAAAAAUUUAUAAAGAAUAGCCCUAAUCCGAGAAGCUACUACAAGUGCACAAAUCCAAGAUGUGGGGCAAAGAAGCAAGUAGAGAAGUCUACAGAUGAACCUGACACUCUUAUUAUCACAUACGAAGGUCUUCACCUUCAUUUUGCAUACCCAUACUUUAGCAACACUCAAAUUGAACAAGCAUAUCCUCCUUUAAAGAAGGCUAAGAAAACAUUAUUAGAUGUUCAUCAACAAGACAUAAAGAAUGAAGAAGUUGUGCAUGAAGCAAAUGGAGAAACAAAGAAUCCACAUCAAAGUUCUAAAAGUCCUUCAAAACAAACGAUUGGGCGAUCUCAAGGUUUGCUUGAAGAUGUGGUGCCUCUACAAGUACGAAACCCGUCGAUUGGAAGCAUGUUUGGUAUUCCUUCUUCUUGUUCAAGUUUUUAUCCUUCGGCGGUUGCCUCAUCCGCUUCUCUUACCUCACCUCCUUAUUUUCCAUUGCUUUAGGGAAUUUGUCAAUUGAAGUUUUGCGCUUAAUUUAAGUACUCCAUUUGUAUCUAAAUAAUAGUCCGAUAUAACCUUUUUUUUAUUUAGUUACAAACAAUUCAUAAUUGAGUUUUAAAGGAUUAGGUUUUUCAUACACACCUUUAAUACAAGUAGUCAAGGAGUUUACAAUGUUAGUGCGCGCUAUGAAAUGUGGCUUAAAAUUCCUAUUUUCUUUAAAAAAAAUUACAUAGUACCUCCAGUCCAAAUUACUCGCAACUUUGGGGUAUUAUUUGUGAGAUAUAAAAUAUU